CCUACGCCAGUAUAUGGUAUCCGCAUGUUGACAAGAAUGGGCUUUCAUGACAAAUUCAUCCAGAAGUGUUGGGAGCAAUUAUGGAUGAAUGGUAUUGGUAAAUAUUCAGCGAUAGCUUUUGACGACAUAACAUGGUUUCUUUUCUACGCGUCCAAACGUCGUUUGCACUGCACUGACAACUGUUUUGGAGGGGCGUUGGCAGGAAGUGAAAGUCACGAAGUGUUGGAAAAGGUUUGAAGAGGCCGGGGAGGCGAGACACGAAAAAAUAAAACAGUAAAAUAAAUACGAGGGGGAUAACGUCAAAAUGCCAGAGAAUGAAGAUCAUUACGGGAAGCACGGUGAACCCAGAAAAUAUGACCCCAGUUUCAAAGGGCCCAUCCAAAACAGAAGCUGCACAGACAUUAUUUGCUGUAUUCUUUUCAUUUUGGCCAUUCUUAGCUAUAUCGUUUUGGGAAUACUGGCAUGGUCUCAGGGUGAUCCCAGGAAGGUGAUCUAUCCCACAGACAGCAGUGGGCAGUUCUGUGGACAGGUUGGGACUCCUCUUCAAAACAAAAAAUUCCUGUUCUACUUCAACAUCCUGAAGUGUGCCAGUCCCAUGGUGCUCUUGGCAUUCCAGUGCCCUACCACUCAGUUGUGUGUGGAGGAGUGCCCCAAUCGCCCCUUGACCCUGGGGACUGCCAAACUAGUUACCAAUGAUUGGACAUAUUACAAGAAAUUCUGCAAAGAAGACCCAGGGGAAAUGUCAGCAGCAGACAUCCUGAAAAAUGGAUUGUGUCCUUCUAUGCUCAUCCCCAGCAAACCAUUCACACAGAGGUGUUUCCCUGCUCUGGGUAAGAUGAAGGGUGUUGUCACAGUAGGAAAUAAGACAACGUUUGAAGAUGGAGAAGGCAAACGCAGAGAAGCCAGUGAACUACUGCCUGCUGUAGGGAAUGCAACAGUGGUUAUAGAGGCUCGUAUGGUGGUAACAAAGAUCUUUGAGGAUUUCACACAAUCAUGGUAUUGGAUUAUUCUUGCUCUGGUGAUUGCAACAAUUCUCAGUCUAGUCUUCAUUGUGCUUCUGAGGUUCCUGGCUGGCAUUAUGGUCUGGGUCAUGAUAGCCAUGGUCCUCAUUGUCAUCACAUAUGGCAUCAUCCACUGCAGCUUCAUGUAUGUUAAUCUGAAGGAAACGCCUGGCGCAAAUGUCACCCUCAAGGAGCUGGGUUUUCAGAUGGACCUGAGCAUGUACCUCCACAUCAGGCAGACGUGGCUGGCCUUUGCAAUCAUUUUGGCCAUAGUGGAGCUCAUCGUUAUACUGCUCCUCAUCUUCCUCAGAAAAAGGAUUUGCAUCGCCAUCGCUCUCAUCAAAGAGGCUAGCAGGGCCAUUGGGCAUGUGAUGUUUUCACUGAUUUACCCUUUGCUGACGUUCUUCCUCCUGGCAAUCAUCAUUGCAUACUGGGCGAUCACUGCAGUCUUUCUCUCCACAUCUAAUGAGCCUGUGUACAGAGUGUUCAAUCAGGCUAAUGAGAAGUGCAUCUAUGCAAACCAAACCUGCAACCCUGCGAAUUACUCGAAGUCAACCAUGAAGGAGGAAUGUCCAAAGACAGAGUGUCUCUUCACAUUUUACGGCGGGGAGACAGCCUACCACAAGUACCUCAUUGUCCUGCAGUUCUACAACCUCUUCCUCUUCUUCUGGUGUGCCAACUUUGUGACUGCCUUGGGCCAGAUGACACUAGCUGGGGCUUUUGCUUCCUACUACUGGGCAUUUGACAAGGCUCAGGAUAUGCCUGCCUGCCCUGUUUUUGCCUCCCUUGGUCGAGCUCUCAGGUAUCACACAGGUUCUCUUGCCUUUGGCUCUCUCAUCUUGUCAAUCAUCCAGGUCAUCAGGGUUCUAUUGGAGUACCUGGACCACAAACUCAAAGGAGCACAGAACAAAUUUGCCAAGUUCCUGCUCUGUUGCCUAAAGUGCUGUUUCUGGUGCCUGGAAAAGUUAAUCAAGUUUCUCAACAGGAACGCUUACAUUAUGGUGGCCAUAUAUGGUAAAAACUUCUGCGUUUCAGCGCGAGAUGCCUUCUUCCUGUUGAUGAGAAAUGUGAUCAGGGUGGCUGUCUUGGAUAAGGUCACAGACUUCUUGUUGUUCUUAGGAAAGCUUCUUAUUGUAGGACUUGUGGGUGUCAUUUCAUUCUUUUUCUUCUCUGGGAGAUCAAAGGUGUUGGACCUUGUGCCCAAUCUUCACUACUACUGGGUGCCAAUUCUGACAAUUGUGAUAGGCACUUACUUCAUAGCUCAUGGCUUCUUCAGUGUUUAUGCCAUGUGUGUGGACACACUCUUCCUCUGUUUCUGCGAGGACCUGGAGCGGAACGAUGGCUCAGCGGAGCGGCCGUAUUUCAUGUCUCCUAAGCUGCAUGAAAUUCUGUCAAAGAGCACAGAGGGGCCUGUUCCCCACUCCCCGUCUUCACCUCCGGAGGAGGAGGUGCCAUUGAACACACGCAAGGACUCCAAGAAUGAGAGUAGUGUGUGCUGGCUCUAAGAUGUCAUAAAUUACUCACACUCUGAGCAUUUGGCUACUGAUGUUAAAACUGUGGUUGAGAGAGCAAGUAUAGUCCCAAAUCUGUGUUCAAAAACUCCCUUUGUUUGUUAAAUGCACUGAUUCUAAUGAUGCAAAUUAUAGAUUAUCAGCAAUAAAAUUAUUGAUCAUCAGUAAUUGGCAGCAACCUGUUAUUAUUAAUUAUUUGUAUAGUGGUAAUUGUUCAUAUUGCAUUUAAGAGAUGAGAUGGCUGGCGUUGAUGUAAAUCUUUACAUCACAUUGGUGGCUGUCAUUGCUUCCAGACAUUGCUUCUGUGAUUGGGUCUAUUGAUUGGGUCUAUUUGGAGGUUAGCAGCAGUAUGAACUUUUCACACCCAUGCAGAAUUUUGGCAGUUACCCCUUAAGCUAUAUUAUAGGAAUUUUUAAAAGGUAGGGUGCCUUAUAGCAGCUGAUGAGAGUUCACAGCAAUGAAUAGAUGAAACGUUUAAAUGAUUUUAAUGUACAUUUUAUUGUGUUUAUAUUAUUACAUUAUAAUAUAAAUGCAAAAUAAUUUUAUGAUUAGCAUUGCAGAAAUAUAGCAGAAAGGGAAAAUAAUGUCUUUAUAUCAAUUCCACAUUACAUAUGGUUUUCCCAGUAUAUUGCUCGAGCCAAAUUUUCUGCUGUAGCAUUAUUGAAGAUUCAAAAACAUCAGGGUCCAGAUACACUGUUCUUGUCCCCUUAAAUGAACUUUAGUCUCCCAAAGGACAUAUCCAAUAGGAGCACUUAGAAGUUCAAAUGUUAUUCCACAGCAGGGAUGCAAGCUGAAAGUCCCACCUGUGUCAUGGGGCACCAUAAUAAUGGAUAUUAUAUGCAUAAGAGGAAGUGUAUACUAGCCCUCAGUCUAAUAAGAUCUUUGUCAUGUGAUGGAGGACAGACUACAUUAUUGCUCAUGUAUUUAUAAUGGAUUUUUUAGCUCAUGGAUUUUUUAGCUUAUGUGUCUAGGCUAGGUUUUGCUGGAUCUGUAAAUCAAAAUUUUGUAUGCUUUAGUUAUUCCCAAGUCCAAAGGCUAUUUCAUGUAGGUAUUUGAUUCUACAUCUCAGGGGCUGUGACUUACCUGAGCAUGUGCCUCAUUAUUUUGUAUGGGACUUAAUUGUGAGUAAUUUGAUAUCCUAUAGUUUUUGUCUGAACCAAAUCAACAAAAUGUAAUACUGUGGUGUUGGUACUUUUUCCAGACAAUAAGCCUCAUCACUGUGCCUAAGUCCAAUGAUUAACACCUUUUUGCCUUGAAAUGUAUAUACUCUGUAUGUCCUAUACUAUGAUGAGUACUGUUCUCUUGACCUUAUUUCUGUACUUCUUUCUUUUUCCUCUUUCCCCUAAACUGUUGGAGUAGUGCCUUUUAAUCCGUGUAUUAAAAGUCUUUACUUUUCUUGCUGUGCUUAAAAUGUUUACAAGAUGUCCUUGUUUUGAUAAAAAGCAUUUGAUGAAACAAUCUAUUAGA